AUGUUCAUUAUUCACAAAAACCAACAGUAAACAAACGUUCCAUUUACGCUUUUGGGGAAAAGACGGUGAUCUUUUAUUUUUCUCGAUUCAUGUGUAUUUUUAUUUACUACUAAUUUAAUUUAAUUAUAUUUUUUUUUUUUGAGGCGUUAUUUUUAACUUUUUCAUUCUCAUUUCUAUGGUAUUCGUUUGAAUCAGAUUCCCAUCCUUUCUACGCUAGUCAGGACAUAUUGUGUUUUCUGUUUAGCGAACAUUCAAAACUAAAAACAAAACCAUUUAAAUUGAAGGUUUGCAAAAUGUCCGUCCUCAUAGAAACCACAGUUGGUGAUAUUGUCAUUGAUCUGCUCACAGAAGAGGCUCCACUUGCUUGUGAAAACUUCCUGAAGCUUUGUAAACUCAAGUACUACAAUUUUUCUCCGUUUUACAACAUCCAAAAAAAUUAUACUUGUCAGACGGGUGAUCCCAUAGGUACGACUGGAGACGGAGGACGGUCAAUAUGGAAUUUACUCAAUGUCGGUGAUCGAUUUUUCCCUGCUGAAUUUCACCCGAACCUCAGUCACGAUAGAGCUGGCACGGUCAGUAUGAGCACGGCUUCUAUAUCCGUUGAUCAUGAAGAAUCGCUUGUUUGUGGAAGUCAAUUUCUCAUCACAUUCGCAGACCAUCUCGAAAGCCUGGAUGGCCGCUACCCUAUUUUCGGUCGAGUAGCAGAGGGGUUCGAUACUUUACAAAAGAUCAAUGAUGCUAUCUGCGAUGAUGACGGUCAACCCUUCAAAGAUAUUCGCAUCAAGCAUACGAUCUUAUUAGACGAUCCUUUUCCCGACCCUCCUCAUUUUGAAGAACCAUCGAGGUCGCCUUCUCCAACGCCUCAGCAACUUGCUACCGUUCGCAUUGGUGAAGAAGAACGCCUUGUCUCUGAGGAGGAUGAUGAAAACAAGUUUGAACGAGACCAAGAGAAAGAGGCAGAAGCAGAAGCCGUUACCUUAGAAAUGGUUGGUGAUUUGCCAUUCGCACAUGUGGCUCCUCCAGAAAAUGUUUUGUUCGUUUGUAAGUUAAACCCUGUUACCCAAGACGAUGACUUAGAACUCAUUUUUUCCCGGUUUGGCAAGAUCAAUUCCUGUCAAAUAAUUCGAGAUAAAGAAACUGGAAACAGUCUUCAGUAUGCAUUUAUAGAAUUUGACAACAAAGACAGUGUUGAAAAGGCUUACUUUAAAAUGCAAAAUGUGUUAAUCGAUGAUGCUCGCAUUCACGUUGACUUUUCCCAAAGUGUUUCUCGAUACAGGCAACAACUUCGACGAUCGCAAACUCAAGCUCACUCCUAUUCUCGUCCUCGUUCACGUUCUCCAGACUAUAGAAGAAGGGAAAGAGAUACUUCUUACCCUCGUCAUAGCCGUGAGCGAUCAGAAUACAGACCUCGUCGAUCUUCACAGCAUUUCGAACAGGACCGAGAGUACGUGAGGCGAAGGAAGCAUGAAGGAUCUAGUCGUCGAUUUAAUAACGACGAUAAUGAUGAUCGGUACUAUCGCCGAAGAAGCCGCUAUGAUGAUGACAGAGAUUCUUAUCGUUCUCGAAAUGACUCAUAUAGGCAUGGGAGACGCAGAGAGUACGAGGGUCCGAGAAGACCCUACUAAUUAAAGAAUAUUUCAAAAUUUAGACCCCUUUUAAUGAAUCAAUGAUAUUAUGGUUUGGUUAUGAAUGAAUUACCAAUUUACACAGGGAUUUAUGAAGUUUGAUCACCAGUAACUAUAAAGACAAGCGUUCUGUAAAUAUAAUCAAGUUCAGCCUUUUCUUAUUGCCAAUGAAUGGCGAGAAGUGAAAUACUCUAAUUCUAUUAGAAAAAUAUCCUAUUUCUAACACCAAUAGAAGAUAAUUGGAUCUAUAUAAGCGAAGGAUCGGUUUAUAAUAAAAAAAGGAGAAGGCAUCAAAUACGGGGGCCAAGGCAAGAGAAGAACAUUGUGCGAGUGAUUUCCAUGAAAGCAGCACGUUUAUGAGGAAAGUCAAACUCGAGACGCUUACAAUAGUUCUCAGCAAUAAGAUAAUCAAUAAAUUUCUUGUUAUCAUUUCUGGGCUCAAGGAGGAUACGUUGAGUUCGAGAGUCGUCCAAAAAUAGCAUAUGGGUAAUACUGGACAACCAGACAGGAACACGAUGAGGACCACGGAAACGUUCGUUACCUACAAGGGCAUGGAAUCCGCGAUCAUGUGUAUGCCAAGGCUGGGCAAAGGGAGCGAUUCGAUCUUCCGGAACCCAGUAAACCUCAAAGUAACCAAAUGGCUGCUCAUUGAAGCAACCAAUGACAGCGUACGCAUGGGGGUCACUUUGCAUCUUGAGUAGGUAUUCACGAUGUUGAUCCCAAGUUCCGCUUUCAGUCCAGAAAUGGCUAACACGAGGGUUAUUUUGCCAUUCGUGAAAGUAUUGUAAAUGCUGGUCGAUGUCCAAGGCAACAAAUGACAAUGUCUCAUUUAAACUAGGAAUGAAACGCUCAUACAAAGUCGAACCAGGCUUUGGAGCAUUAGGACGGCGAAUUUUUUGGUUUGGUAGAUAAGACAAGGGCCAUUCGUGUUGUUUAUUGGGGAUCCAAGGAGUAGCGAUUUGCCAAAACGCCAUGCGGUCAGUGCUCACACUUCUAGUUUCUUCAUUAAAGAAGACAGGAAGAGUCAAUUUUCCUUUAUGCAGAGAUAAAGAUUCCCACUGUAAGGUAACUUCCCCUUUGAUGUUUGGAAGAGAAGUGAAAAUAGCUUGAAAAGCCAACUGAACAAUUUCAUUUACUUCAAUGUCCUCAAAAUUUUUCAAAUUUACUUCCCACAAAUUAGAAUCGUCUCGAUAAGUCAAGUAAAGACGUCGUUCAUCAUGUUCCAACACGGCAUUCGAUCCUUGAAGGUUCGUUAAUCGAAAAGGGAAUGAGUUUGACCAGAUCGUUUGCGACAUAAUGAAUGUAAAGUCAGAUUUGCUUUUACUAUUGAUGAUACUUGGAUGAAACGCGUACUUAGGACUUGCUUUUUAUAAAAGCGAGCAGCAAAAAAAAGCUGUAAACCACAAAAGAGAAAAGGAUAUGUUUAUAUUCUAUAAAUCCAAACAGUAAUGCGCGUGAAAUCAAAAUGUCUUAUGACUUAACACGGAAAGGCUCUGGCUUGUUUACAGACUACGGAAGCGACGAGUUCUACCCUCAGCAGAUUGAUCAGAUAAAUCAGUUGUAAGUUUUACGCAAUCUAACACGAACGUUAAAAUUGUGUUUACCGAAGUAUACCAAACUGUGUUAUAAUGUAUUCAAACCAAAAAAACAGUCACAGUUUCUUCCUCCAAGCAAAAUCCUGUACUGGACUAGAUUUCCUUUCUUUAC